CAAAGAGGCUAUAUGCCGAACGAUGUGUUACAGAGGCUGCACCGCUUCCUCUUAAAACAAGUCAAGCAGAGGCUGCACAGCUCCCUCUUAAAAUAAGUAGAGCCGAGGUAUCGCCACUUCCUCGUAAAACUAAGGUAGACUUGUCAGGAAUUGCUGGCAAGUGCCAUUGUGCAAAACCCCAGCAGGUUCCACUCCGUCCUGCAAUAAAACGGGUAGAGGCUGCACCGCUCCCUCUUAAAACAAGUGUAGCCGAGGUUUUGCCGCUUCCUCGUAAAAAAAUGGUAGGUUUGCCUGAUGCAGGCAAGCUGUGGAAAACUAUGGAAAACAAAGGUAAAACUAUGGAAAACCAAUGCAAAACCAAAUCAAUAAACCAUCCAAACCCAAUGAACUCUGAAUCAAACUGUGAAAUUUCCAAAAAUGUACAUGAAAUUGCUUUGAAAGCUUUACCUGCAAGUGUUGAAUUUCCACAGAAACCAGUGCUAAAAGGUUCCUUUCAUCAAGGUGAUGCCCGUUUUGGAGAUUCACGCAACAGACAGUGUGGUGCUGUCAGUCUAACAGCAGUGUUGACAAGCAAGAUGAAGAAUGUGCUGACCUGGUCAACACGAGAUCUUGAUGGUGUUUUGGUGGCAGGAACACAGCUUUAUGAAACUUUACGAAACCAGGGUAACAUAAAUGACCAGGAAGCCAUGGGUAGGCAUUACAUUGCAGUCCAUGAAUUACCAAGGAGACAUGUGCUGGGUAAUACAGUCUUUUACAUUGAGUACACAGAUUCUCUGACCGGAUUGGUAAAUGUUGAUGUUUACGAUGAAGCAGUUAGCAGUGUGGUUAUGCCACUUGAUGUAGCUCUUCAGCAAACUCUACUGAGUGCUGAUGCCUUUCUUUUGACUAUAUCUGCCAACACGUGUGCGGUCAUUAAGCAGGGAUCAUGGUAUGCUUUUGUUGAUUCUCAUGCUGUCAAAACAGAGACAAGUUACGUUGCUUAUCACAGCAGUAUACAAUCCUUGUACAACUACAUUAACGAGAUUGCAAUGUCAUUUGGUGUAAAUGAGCCACUAUUUGAGAUAACCGGAGUUAUGGUUCAUACAGAUGCUGAUGACUCUCAGUUGCUGGAAGCAGAUAACAGCAGUCUUCCUUGUUCUUCCAGUAAGGUGCUUUACAGUGAAAUUGUAAAACGCACACCCAAGGUAUGUGAAUCUGUGAUGACGGAGGUUAGAACAUCUGACUUUUCAUUACCUGAUGCUAUAGUUCCAAAUGCAAAAAGUAAGAACCUUCCAAUACAUACAGACCAAACUGUGUUCCAAAGUAAAGGGAAAAAGGCAAAAAGAAAGCAGUUUGAUUUCCCAGAUAAACAGUUGUCAAAAUGCAAUGUUGAAAAUGUUGUAACUGAUGACAUUAUUAUUACUGACAUUACUAUUCCAGACAUAUUAUUUUGUCCUUUGACUCAUGAAGAUCAGCAAGCUUUAUGUAAAGUUGUACUUCUGACAAAUGAUAACAGUGGCCGUAAUGUUGUUAUAAACUUUGGUCCAAUUGCAGGUCUGUGUCAGACUAAGAGUAUAAAAGCAGAUGGCAAUUGUUUUUUUAGAUCACUGGCACAUGUGAUAUGUGGAAGCGAAGAGAAACAUUUGAAAAUUCGCCGUGCAGUUGUCAAACAUCUGAAAAUGAAUGGUCCGAUGUUUCAGAGGUAUGUCAGAAGUGAGUAUGCUUCAGUAGAUGACUAUUUGACACAAUCUAGAAUCUUUUAUUCUGGGUCAUGGGUCACUGAAAUUGAUAUAUUUGCCGCUUCUGAUCUGUUUAAAACCACCAUAAUGACAUUUAAUGAUGGCAGAUGGAGUGCUCAUAACCCUAGUGGAGAGGUAUUGACACACAAUGCAAUUUAUUUAAACAAUUGUAACAAUAAUCAUUAUGAAGUUGUGACAUGUGUUAAGCACCGAGAUCAAGACUACAUUUGUGCUGGAGCAUGUGACAAUGGAACAUCAAAUGAGACGAUGAGUAAGCCAUGUUUGCGAAAAAGAAAGGUAAGCGAUGCUACAGAAUCUUCUGCAAACAAGAGGCAUAGGGAGAGAUACUCUAACAAUAGUGAGUACAGACAAAAAAAACUGAAUUCAAUGAAAACAAAAUACUUUCAUGAUACUGAUUACAGGGAUAGUAAACUUGACUCUGCCAAAGCAAAAUACUGUCAUGAUGCUCUUUACAGGGAAAGUAAACUUGACUCUGCCAAAGCAAAAUACCGUCAUGAUGCUCUUUACAGGGAAAGUAGACUUGACUCUGCCAAAGCAAAAUACCGUCAUGACGUUGUUCACAGGGUGAGUAAACUUAAAAAUCUUUAUGAUGCCUAUCACAAAAAUGUUGAUGCUCGUAUGGUUAAAUGUGAACGCUCAAAACAUUUGUACUCAAGUAAUAUGCAGUUUAAGAAACUUGUUUGCAAAUAUUCACAAGUGAAAUACAAGAGCAAUAUGGGUUUUCAAACACGUGUGCGUGAGUAUUCCAGAAAGAAAUACCUUGAAAACCUGGCCUUUAAGGCAAGAGUACGUGAGUAUUCCAGAAAGAAAUACCUUAAAAACCUGGCCUUUAAGGCAAGAGUACGUGAGUAUUCCAGAAAGAAAUACCUUGUUAACCUGGCCUUUAAGGCAAGAGUAUGUGAGUAUUCCAGAAAGAAAUACCUUCAAAACCUGGCCUUUAAGGCAAGAGUACGUGAGUAUUCCAGAAAGAAAUACCUUCAAAACCUGGCCUUUAAGGCAAGAGUAUGUGAGUUUUCCAGAAAGAAAUACCUUCAAACAAAGAAAGAACAAAAACUAAUUGAUUCUAGUAUUGCUCAUUUUCGCCAGGAAGUAAGUAGAGGUCCAGAGUUUGUGUGCUCUGUCUGUCACCGUUUACUUUUCAGAAAGCAAGUAAAAGAAUGCAAAACUGAAUGCUAUGAAAAGAAAGGAGAACAAAUUGCUGCUUUGGCCAGAAGAUGCAUCACACUGAGGUAUGUUCAUGUUUGUGAUGAGAGAUGUUCUGGUAAUUCUAAUGUUUCUUCUGCAGAGUGCAAACUGUGGAUCUGUCCAACAUGUCAUCGAAAAAUCCUGUAUGGACAAUUGCCUGCGGAAAGUGUUGCUAACAACAUGCAUUUGGUGGAUAUUCCAUAUCAGCUGAAAUGUCUUAAUUCAUUAGAACAACAUCUUGUUGCUCGUAACAUUCCUUUUUUGAAAUUGCUUUGUCUCCCCCGCGGAAAACAACGGGGUUGUCAUGGGCCAGUUGUCUGUGUGCCUGUAAAUGCUUCUGACAUCUGUAAUAUUCUUCCACGAAAUGAAUGUGAUGACAUGAUGGUAAGGAUCAAACUGAAGCGUAAGUUAACGUACAAAGGGCAUUACGAGUAUAAGUAUGUGCACACUGAUCGUGUUAGAAAUGCUUUGAAAUAUUUAAUCAGGUGCAAUAGGUGGUAUAAAGAUGUUGAAAUUAAUGAAUGUUGGGUCAACUCUUUGGAUGAACCGCCAGAGAAUGUUGUUUGUGAUGAAAUGCAGGAACAAAAUGCUGAAGCUGAAAAUGGCGAUGGGCAAAAUGAUCCUGAAGAAGAAACUGAAGAAGACUUGACCUAUGUCAAAGAGCAAUGUGGUCUUUUGUCUGACACGUCAUUACAACCUGUUGAUGUUGGUUGUGAAAUAAUUGAUCAGCAUUUUCAGGAUGUAUUAAAUGUUGCACCAGCUGAAGGUAAGAGUCCUGUUAAAUUGCUAUCUGAUAAAACAAAUGAAGCUAAAUGUUUUCCUGUUCUUUUUCCAACUGGUGGCCCAACAUUUCAUGAUGACAGGGAAGUAAAAAUCACAUUGUCCCGAUAUCUAAAUGCGAGAAUUCUGAAUGCAGAUGGGCGUUUUGCACAAAACACAGACUUUAUAUUUUAUGCACAGUAUUUGUCAGAAUUGGAUCAAAUUGUGUCUAAUGUUUCUAUUGCUUUACGAAAAGGUUCAGACAAGAGUUUGUUACAGGCAGUUACAUCAGAUGUGCUCACUAACCCGGAAUCGUUAACCAAGUUGCUGAAUUACGAUGAAGGCUACAAGUUUUUAAGGCCAGUCCGUGGAACACCGCCAUAUUGGCAAAGCACUCAGAAAGAUCUUUUUGCUCUCAUCAGACAACUAGGUAUUCCAACUUUCUUUGCAUCAUUUAGCUCAGCAGAUCUAAGGUGGCCUGAAAUGAUCAAAACCAUUCUUAUUCAAGAAGGUAAGAAUUUAAAUGUUGAUGAGCUUGAUUGGUCUGAAAAAUGUGGGCUGAUUAGAAGAAAUCCAGUCACUGCUGCAAGAAUGUUUGACCAUAGGUGGCAUUGUUUUUUGAAAGAUGUAAUUAUGUCUCCUGCUCAACCUAUUGGAAAGGUAAUCGAUUACUUUUACCGUGUGGAAUUUCAGCAGCGUGGAUCUCCUCAUGUUCAUUGUCUGUUUUGGGUAGAAAAUGCUCCAAAGUUAAAUGAAGAUAAUGAAGACAAUGAUGCUUUGGUUGCUGCAUUUGUAGAUCGUUACAUCACUUGUGAGAUCCCUAGUGAGGAUGAUUCUGAAUUGUAUGAGACAGUCAACAGUGUUCAGAAGCACAGCAUCAGACAUUCUAAGACAUGUCGUAAGAAAAACACAGUUUGUAGGUUUAAUUUUCCACGGCCACCAUCUGGUCGCACAUUUAUAUCAAGAGCCUAUUUGGGGCAAUGCAAUGAUGAAAAUGAGACUGCAAGUGCAGUUUUGAAGAAAAUUAAAAGUGCCUUAACAGAUUUUGAUGUCAGUUUUGUUUCAACAGAUGCAUUAUUUCAAUCAAUUGGGAUUGAUCAGGCUGUGUUUGAGAAGGCUUACAAGAAAUGUUCAAAGAAGAAAAGUGUUGUCUUGAAACGAAAUCCAAAUGAUGUUUGGGUAAACCAGUAUAAUAAACAUCUUAUACGUGCAUGGCACGGCAACAUGGAUAUCCAGUAUGUCACUGAUGCUUACUCUGUAGUGGUUUAUAUUAUUAGUUAUAUCACAAAAGCAGAGCAAGAAAUGGGACUGUUGCUGCAACGUGCACAGAAUGAAGCGUUGGAUGGAAAUCAUGAAGCAAGAUCAGCUUUGAAAAGGUUGGGAAGCAUAUAUUUACACAACAGGGAAAUCUCUUCUCAAGAGGCGGUGUAUCGACUAACAGGUAUGCACUUGAAAGAAUGUUCUCGCAAAGUCCAGUUUAUUCCAAUUGGCACAGACCCUGUGAAAAUGAGUUUACCUCUGCAUGUGCUGCAAGCUGAGCAGUCAGGUGAGAAAAGCACUAUUUGGAUGAAGAGUCUCGUUGACAGGUACAAGAGUAGACCCAAAACACAAAUUUUUGAUGUUAUGUGUAUUGCAAGUUUUUGUUCAGAAUAUAGGAUAUUGUCACAAUCUGAGCUUUCUUCACAAAAGUCCUCCAAAGACAAAGUGAUCAAGCUUAACAACAACUGUGGAUAUAUGAUACGAAGAAGUCGAACCAAGCCAGCAGUGGUCAGGUAUCCGAGAUUUUCACCAACAAAGGAUCCAGAGAAGUACCACCAUUCAUUGUUACAACUUUUUUUACCACAUUAUGAAGAUUGGCAGCUGAAACCAGAUAAUUUUAACACUUAUGAAGAUUUCUACAACCAUGGUGCUGUAAAAUGUGGAAGUAGUCUAGCAAGUGUCAAGUGUACUGUUGAUGCAAAUCGAGCAGUUUUUGAAAAGGAAAGUGAUAAAAUAAAUAGAGCUGAACAGCUUUUAGAGCAAGGUGUCGAUUUAGAAGAUGCUUGGGCUCUACUGUGCCCUGAAACUGAGAAAGAACGUGAUGAAUGUUUAAAUCUAAAGAAGCAACGAGUAUUGCCAGAUGAAGAUGAUUCUGGCACACUUAUUCCAGAUCUUGCAGCAAAUGCUCAAACUGCAUUCACAAUUGAUACUAGUAAUGCUACAAUGUCUAGAGAUGAAGCAUUGAGUUUACUAAGAUCUUUAAACGCUGAACAAUCUGCAGUAUUUCACAAAGUCCGCAAAUGGUGUCUACAGAAAGUAUAUGGUGAAAAUUCUGAACCAUUUUUCUUGUUUGUUACAGGUGGAGCAGGCACAGGAAAAAGUCAUUUAAUCAAAGCAAUUCAUUAUGAAUCUUGUAGGCUCUUAUCUCAGCUAUCUGAUAACCCUGAUGAUAGAACUGUGAUUUUAUGUGCCUCAACAGGUGUAGCUGCUUACAACAUUGGUGCCGCAACCAUCCACAACACCUUUUCUAUUGGUGUUAAUGUCAAAUUGCCAUAUCAACCUUUAAGUGAUGACAAAAUCAAUUCUCUGCGUUCCAAAAUGGCUUGUUUGCAAAUCUUGAUCAUUGAUGAGAUAUCCAUGGUUGACCAUCACCUUUUGUCUUAUGUUCAUGGCAGGCUGCGACAAAUCAAGCAAACUGGUGACUACUCUGUAUUUGGAAAAGUAAGCAUUAUUGCUGUAGGAGAUUUCUAUCAGCUUCCGCCUGUCAAAGGUACUCCCCUCUAUGCCGAUGCAAAAGGAGUGAAUCUUUGGGAUAACAUCUUUGAAAUUGCUGAAUUAACAAAUGUUGUUAGGCAAGAAGAGGCAUCUUUUGCAGAAAUGUUAAAUCGUCUGAGAGUUCGUAAAAAAAAUGAAUCUCUGAGUCUAAGUGACAUUAACAUGCUGAAGCAAUGUGAAACUGGUGAGGUAUGUACUGAUAUUCACAUAUUUCCUACAAAUUCUGAAGUUGAUGAAUAUAACAUGCUCAUGCUUCAUGAGUGUUGUCCAGAUGUGAUCAGUAUUCGAGCUCGAGAUUUUGUGAGGAAUCCUAAAACUGGACGAAUGGAACCCAAGGUUGGAAUGCAUACAAAAGUUUUCAACUCUUGUUUAUCUACCUUUGUUUCCUUGGGUGUUGGGGCAAGAGUAAUGUUAAAGAAAAACGUGGAUGUUUCUGAUGGCCUUGUUAAUGGAGCAUUUGGCACUGUUGUCCACAUAAGUGAAAGUCAGAAACAUGAUGAUGACGAUGACAAUGAUUUCCCCUCAGCCAUUCACGUAGGCUUUGAUGAUCCAAAUGUUGGUAAAGUUCAGCGAUCAAACCAACAGCCGAGAUUUUCCAAAAACGCAACUGUAAUUGAAGCACAAGAAGAUCAUGUCACAAAUGAUGGUGGCAUAAGACGUCAGUUUCCACUGAAAUUGGCAUGGGCGUGCACUGUACACAAAGUGCAAGGGCUUACAGUAGAUAAAGCUGUUGUAUCGCUUGACAAGAUCUUUGCUCCAGGACAAGCAUAUGUUGCAUUGAGUCGUGUGAGAACCAUCAACGGAUUGAUCAUUCAAAACUUCAAGGAGUCUGCCAUAUAUUGCAAUGAUAAAAUUGAGCAAGCAAUGAAAAAUAUGGUCAAAUUUUCUUUAGAAAACAACAGUUUCAGAAAUAUACCGGGUAUAUUUAGAAUUGCUCUUCAUAAUGUGCAAAGUCUUCAAGCUCACAUUCAAGAUGUUCGAGCUCACAGACAGCUUUUGAAUGCAGAUUGCAUUUGUUUAACUGAAACAUGGUUAAAAGCUGAAGACAAGGAAGAUGAAGUACAGAUACCAGGAUUUAAUUUUAAGCAUAAUCCAAGAGCUAAUUGUUAUGAUAACAGCAGUCUGCUUUUCAGUAAUUUAAAACACCAACGAGGAGGAGGAGUUGGAAUAUACUGUUGUCAAAAUGUGGUUUCUAAUGUCAUCAUUCCAGAACCUUGUAAUUUGGAAUGUCUCUACUUGACAAUUCCACAUGUGAAUUUAAAUGUUGCACUGCUGUACAGGCCUAAUUCAUAUCCAAUUGACAUGUUUCGACUAAAUGUAUCACAUGUCAUUGCUGAGCUGGAGAAACAUGCCGGAACCAAACUAAUCAUGGGGGACUUCAAUGAAGAUAUCAUAACAUCAUCUACUAUUAGGAUGUUGAUGGAAUUUAAUGGAUACAGUCAACAUGUGCAACAUCCAACAACUGAAAAGCGUACAUUAAUAGAUCACGUGUAUGCUAAAGAUGUGCAAAAUAUUUCAGUUGAAAUUAGUUCGACAUAUUAUAGUUAUCACGAGGCAGUGCUAGUUACAGUAUGGUAAUAUGUAUGUAUAUUGAACACCUAUAUGACUUUGAUUUCUCUUGUCUAUUUGUCUUUGUGUCUGUCUGUUCUACAAUGUGAUGCUAACACUGAGAGUGAUGUCUACAAAAUGCUGUACAGGUUUGCAACUGGUAAAGGUAUGCUACUAAUCUAUCUAUAUCAAACGGUUUACUUAAAGAUGCAUCAGUUUUAUUUGGUACUACCAUAUCAACAAGGAAGAAAGUCAUGUAAGGUAUUUUGCUUGUAUGGAAUGUAUGCCCAUUCCAAGAUAUUUGUAUUACUGUAUGGUCUCUCUUUCUAUAUCCCAAGUGCCAACCAUGGUAAGAAUCAAAGAUGUCCAGAUUACUAGCAACUGCAUUCCAGCCUUUAUCCAGCACAAGCCAUCCAUACAACACUGGGGGGGGGGGGGGUCAAACCGCAUAAGAAGCGUCCAACAAAGACUGCCUGCAUUCCUACGCAACUAAUUUCAUAGCACUACAUAAAGAGUCAACAUGGAGAAGCCCACAAUAAAAGGUUACCAAAAUGCACUGAUGCUGAAAAUCUACAUUCUCAUCAUGACUCAUCUGUGAACUAUAAAUGUAUUGUCUAUUGGUCCUAAGCACAGAUGAACCUACUAACAAUACAUUUUCAGCUUUGUACAACUUCAAGACUAAUGAGCACAUUCUGAGAUUCAAAAUCUCCUAUAAAUAUAUGAACUACAUACAAAAAGAUUUUCUGCUAACAUCAUUCCCUCUACAUACUCAUCAUUAUGCUGUGCCUCAUGAGCUGGUAUGAAGUAAACAACAUAUUUAAAGGUUAGACUAUCUUACACUGGGAACAGCCAACAAAGCCUAUUCAUCCAACCUUAACACUGCUCACUGUGAACUUUCCAGCUCAUCCUCCGACCCCCCCCCCCCCCCAGAGAUCCUGGUAUUUGUCCCUAACACUCAUUCGCCUCUUCCAUGCAGCCCUUCCAAGGAACUGUCAAUAAUACUAAGAUGACCCGGUUUGCAGGAAUUCAUGUCAGCACCAUAUGAAGAGGUUGAUGUUACAAUGACUAUCCAGAUCAACCCACAAUUCCAAGUCUAAUGCUGAUGAGAGCAGACCUCAGGACCCGAUUGUGUCACCAGCAGUAGAAGUCCUAUCCUACAGCUGUCAAGCAGAAACUAUGAUCAUUGUCAUAGAAGGGGAAAUCUGCAGAGAGUGUUGGUUAGACUAUCUUACACUGGGAACGGCCAACAAAGCCUAUUCAUCCAACCUCAACACUGCUCACUGUGAACUUUCCAGCUCAUCCUCUGACCCCCCCCCCCCCAGAGAUCCUGGUAUUUGUCCCUAACACUCAUUCGCCUCUUCCAUGCAGCCCUUCCAAGGAACUGUCAAUAAUACUAAGAUGACCCGGUUUGCAGGAAUGCAUGUCAGCACCGUAUCUGGUCUUGAAGAGGUUGAUGUUACAAUGACUAUCCAUAUCAACCCACAGUUCCAAGUCUGAUGCUGAUGAGAGCAGGUUGGCAAUCAAUGUCACGCUAAUCAACAUUCAUAUAGCUCCAAAUGUUUUUCCUACCAUUGCAUUGAAAAUAGUUUCUGCCACAAACCUCAGGACACGAUUGUGUCACCAGCAGUAGAAGUCCUAUCCUACAGCUGUCAUGCAGAUACUAUUAUCAUUGUCACAGAAGGGGAAAUCUGCAGAGAGUGUUGGUACGUUGCAGUUUCCCAGCAAAUCAUGGCCAGCUUGGAUCAUGAACUUGAUACUCCAUGACUGGGCCUUUCUGAUGUUAUUCCAUGUCAGCCUGCCAUGUAAUUUGUUUCUAUGCUUUAAAGACACAAGCACAGUUCAAUACCUACUGUGAAAAUCUGAGGCCUUUGGAUUGCUGUACUGCAACUUGAAAAAUUGAAAACAACAGACUCUACAAUCAAUUUAGAGAAUAUCCAUAAAAUAAUUUCAGCUAUGAAUACUCAAUCAUCCAAGUAAUAUUACUAUGCAAUACAACUGGUAUGGAUGGCUUGUAUUAUAAAUAAAUACAACAUUGAUGAAAAUGUA